UUCUACCAGCAUAUUCUUCGGCUUUGGGUGGAAGAAUAUUAGCAAGCAAAAAGAGGGGAACGCGAAGAAACUGGCGUUGUAAAAAUUAUUCAGAGUUAGGGUUUUCUAUCUAAGUUAGGUGCUCCUACAAUUUCAGUUAAAUUCCUGUAUCCUAUCUUACUUUCUCAAAACCAAAGGUGUUGAUAGCUCGAAGCGAUCUCGCUUUCCGGAGAUUGUGUUUGGGUUGAGCUUAAAUUGGGAAAGAUCGGGUUUUGUGAUUGGGAAAUCCAGGACAAUUGAGUUCUUGAAGAUGCUAUCAAAUUCUGCAUAGGAAAGUGCCUGAUCGCCUAAUAAUUGGCGAGCUGUUUCGAUGUUUUAAGGCGUUUUAUAAUUUGUAUGGAAACUCGUAGCCGGAAGCGGGCGGAGGCGAACUCUUCAGCGCCCUCUUCUUCUUCUGGCCCCACCACCCGCGCAGCCAAGCGAGCCCGUCUCUCCCUCGCCUCUCCGGCUACAUCAAAUACAGCUACCACCGCUGCCUUCAAUUUAGCGUCGAUCUCUUCUCGUACCCGCAUAGCUACUCGUUCUCAAGACUCGUUAGCAUCUCCUGCACAGAUGGACUCCACCAAUGAAUCUUCUGGUUCCGCUUCUCGCAGCCGCCGUUCGAAGAACCCUAGUCAUGCACCAGAUAAGGAUAAUUCUGAUAAAGGGAAGGAGAAAGAACAUGAAGUUAGAGUAAGGGAUAGAGACAGGGACUCCGAGAGAGGCAUCAGGUUGAACAUUGAUUCCGGUGCGGGUGAAGAGGACGACAAUGACAGCGAAGGUGGUGCUGGAAUGUUGCAUCCAACUUUCACAUCGGCUAGUAGUGCUCUUCAGGGGUUGCUAAGGAAACUGGGAGCUGGAUUGGAUGACCUCAUUCCAAGCUCAGCAAUGGGAUCAGCGUCAUCAUCACAUCAAAACAGUCGAUUAAAGAAGAUUUUGGCAGGACUGAGAGCAGAAGGUGAGGAAGGGAAGCAAGUUGAGGCUUUGACACAGCUUUGCGAUAUGCUUUCUAUAGGAACUGAGGAUUCACUCAGCACUUUUUCUGUGGAUUCUUUUGUUCCUGUGCUGGUUGGAUUGCUUAAUCAUGAGAGCAAUCCAGAUAUCAUGCUACUAGCAGCCCGUGCAUUGACCCAUCUUGUUGAUGUUCUGCCCUCCUCUUGUGCUGCCGUUGUGCAUUAUGGUGCAGUUUCAUACUUCGUUGCUCGCCUGCUCACUAUUGAAUACAUGGACUUGGCAGAACAGUCUUUACAAGCUCUAAAGAAGAUAUCUCAGGAGCACCCCACUGCUUGCCUGAGGGCUGGUGCACUUAUGGCUGUGCUUUCCUACCUUGACUUCUUUUCCACGGGAGUUCAGCGAGUUGCCUUGUUUACGGCUGCAAAUAUGUGUAAGAAACUCCCAUCUGAUGCGUCUGACUUUGUAAUGGAAGCUGUGCCGUUAUUGACAAACCUCCUUCAGUAUCACGAUGCAAAGGUUCUAGAACAUGCUUGCAUCUGCUUGACUCGGAUUGCGGAGGCAUUUGCAUCAUCCCCGGAGAAGUUGGAUGAACUAUGUAAUCAUGGACUAGUUAGGGAAGCAGCUUCCCUGGUUUCCUCUAGCAGUUCUAGUGCUGGUCAGACAUCAGUCAGCACCUCUACAUAUACAGGCUUGGUUCGACUUCUCUCAACAUGUGCUAGUGGUUCUGUCAUAGGGACAAAAACUUUGCUGCACCUUGGUAUCAGUGGUAUUCUUAAAGAAAUUCUUUCAGGAUCUGGCAACAGCACACUUUCAGUUUCACCUGCCUUGAGUAGACCACCUGAGCAGGUUUUUGAGAUUGUAAACCUGGCUAAUGAGCUACUUCCCCCAUUACCUCAAGGAACAAUAUCUCUUCCUGUUAGCGCUAAUUUGUUAAUAAAAGGUUCUUUAACAAAGAAGUUAUCUGUUGGUGGUUCUAGCAAGCAGGAGGAUGUUAAAGAGAGUACUCUGGAGGUCUCACAUGAGAUAUCAGCCCGUGAAAAAUUUCUAAAUGAGCAGCCUGAAUUUUUGUGUCAAUUUGGAAUGGAUCUUCUUCCAGUUUUAAUUCAGAUAUAUGGAUCCAGUGUCAAUGGUCCUGUACGCCACAAGUGUCUCUCUGUCAUCGGGAAACUCAUGUACUUCAGCACUGCAGAUAUGAUCCAGUCCUUAAAUAGUGGCACUAACAUAUCAAGUUUCUUGGCCGGAGUGUUAGCUUGGAAAGAUCCUCAGGUACUGGUGCCUGCCCUUCAAAUUGCAGAAAUAUUGAUGGAAAAGCUCCCAGGUUUAUUUUCCAAGAUAUUUGUGAGAGAGGGGGUUAUUCAUGCGGUAAAUGCACUUAUAAUAGAUGAGGCUCAUGUUGCGCUUCCUUCACAACCACCUUCCUGUGAGAAGGAUAAUGAUUGUAUAACAGGAUCAUCGCGUUCCAGGCGUUACCGACGUCGGGGUGGUAAUUCAAAUACUGAUAUGUGCUCUGCUGAAGGAAAAAGUUAUGCUUCAAACCUCAUCUCGUCUCCCAAUUCAGUCGAAGUCCCUAAUGCCAAUUUCACUCUUCGCACAACAGUUAGUGGUUGUGCACAACAUUUCAAAGAGAAGUAUUUCUCUUCUGAUCCUGAGUCGACUGAAGCUGGUGCAACAGACGAUCUUCUGCGGUUGAAGAAUCUUUGCAAUAAGUUGAAUGUUAGUGUUGAAAGACAGAUGUCUAAAUCAAAAGGAAAAUCCAAAGCUUCUGCUCCUCGACUUAAUGAUAUUUCUCCCAGCAAAGAGGAUAACCUUGCCAGCCUUAUUGCUGAGAUGCUGGGGGAGCUCAGCAAAGGAGAUGGUGUUUCAACUUUUGAGUUUAUCGGUAGUGGUGUUGUGACUUCAUUGCUGAACUACUUCACUUGUGGGUACUUUUCUAAGGAAAGAAUUUCAAAUGCUAAUUUGUCUAGGCUUCGGCAACAAGCAAUCAGAAGGUACAGAUCUUUCAUAGAUGUUGCCCUUCCUCCUGGCGUUGAAGGAAAUUCUGUUCCCAUGGCAGUUUUGGUUCAAAAGCUUCAAAGUGCUCUUUCUUCCCUGGAGCGCUUUCCUGUUGUGUUGAGCCAUACAUCUAAUAGAACAUUGAGUGGGAGUGCACGGCUAUCUUCUGGCUUGGGGGCUUUAGCCCAACCAUUCAAGUUGCGCCUCUGUAGGGCGCAUGGUGACAAGACUCUUCGUGAUUAUUCUUCAAAUAUAGUUUUAAUUGAUCCGCUAGCAAGUUUAGCAGCUGUUGAAGACUUCCUCUGGCCUCGUAUACAGCGACUAGAGUCCGGGAGUCAGAAGGCAUCUCUAUCAUCCAUAAAUUCCGAGGUAUGUUCCAUACCUGCGGUUGGCCUGAUAUCAUCAUCUUCUACUACUCCUGCUGCUCCUCGCCAUUCUACCAGAUCGCGAUCUGUUGCUAAUGUGAAUGAUGCCCUUAAAGACUCAUUGCAAGAGAAAAACACAAGUUCAUCAAAAGGAAAGGGUAAAGCGGUUCUUAAGUCUGCUCAAGAAGAGGCAAGAGGUCCGCAAACAAGAAAUGCUGCUCGUAGAAGGGCUGCACUGGAUAAGGAAGCACCGGCCCAACCUGCCAUUGGGGAUUCCAAUUCUGAGGAAGAUGAGCUGGUUUCUCCUGUUGACAUUAUUGAUGAUUUGGUUAUUGAAGAAGAUGAUAUGUCUGAGGAAGACGAAGACGAUGAUCAUGACGAUGUUCUUAGGGAUAAUAGGGUUCCUGUUUGCACACCUGAUAAAGUGCAUGAUGUUAAACUAGGGGAAUCUUCAGAAGAGAGUCCGGCUGUUCACACACCAAGUGAUAACAAGGCAAAUGCUGCCAGUGGUUCUGGCAGCAGAGACUCUAUUCGGAGGUCUCAUUCUGUUGAGAACAAGGGUGGUGUGGGUUCUUUUAGCUCAAGAGGUGCAAUGUCAUUUGCUGCUGCUGCAAUGGCAGGCCUUGGGUCCAGUACUGGUAGAGCUGUCGGGGGAAGGGACUGUCAAGGACGCUCUUUAGUAACUUCUAAUGAUCCUGGAAAACUUAUAUUUUCUGUCGGUGGGAAACAAUUAAACCGCCACUUGACAAUCUACCAAGCAAUUCAAAGACAGCUUGUCUUGGAUGAGGAGGAGGAUGAAAGAUACGGUGGCAAUGAUUUUGUACCAAGUGACGGAAGCAGGCUCUGGUCUGAUAUAUAUACUAUCACAUACCAAAGAAUGGAUAGCCAAGCCGAGAGAAGUACAAAUGGUGCCGGGACUUCAACUUCCUCUAAGUCUAGAAAAGCCAGUUCACAAGCAGGUGAUGUUUCCUCUCUCCAAGUGUCACUAUUAGAUAGUAUUUUGCAGGGAGAGCUACCUUGUGAUCUAGAAAGAGGAAACCCUACGUACAAUAUUUUAGCACUGCUACGUGUUGUCGAGAGUUUGAAUCAGCUUGCACCACGGUUACAUGUACAGUCAAUGAUUGACGAUUUCUCUGAAGGAAAAAUAUCAAGUCUAGAUGAACCCAGUGCCAACGUCGUCAGAAUCUCUCCAGAGGAAUUUGUCAAUAGUAAGCUCACCCCAAAAUUGGCUCGACAGAUUCAGGAUGCACUUGCACUCUGCAGUGGCUCUCUUCCAUCGUGGUGUUACCAGCUGACCAAGGCUUGUCCAUUUCUGUUUCCCUUUGACACUCGGCGCCAGUACUUCUAUUCAACUGCCUUUGGCUUGUCUCGUGCACUGUAUCGGCUUCAGCAACAAGGUGCUGAUGGCUUAACGAAUGAAAGAGAUAUAAGGUUUGGAAGAUUACAGCGUCAGAAAGUCCGUGUGUCCAGAAACCGAAUACUGGAUUCUGCUGCCAAAGUAAUGGACAUGUACUCUAGCCAAAAAGCUGUUCUUGAAGUUGAGUAUUUUGGUGAAGUUGGCACUGGACUGGGCCCUACCCUGGAGUUUUACACACUUUUAAGUCACGAUCUACAGAAAGCAGGACUAGGGAUGUGGAGGACAAAUCUAUUGCCCCAUAAAGAUGGAGUUGAGAGAAAAAAUGGUGAUUCUUCAGCAGGCAGUGAACAAGUCCUAGCACCACUUGGGUUAUUCCCACGCCCUUGGCCACCAAGUGCUGAAACUUCUGAAGGCCAGCCAUUUUUUAAGGUGAUUGAGUAUUUUCGGCUUCUAGGUCGUGUGAUGGCUAAAGCUCUUCAGGAUGGAAGGCUUUUGGACCUUCCUUUAUCAACUGCGUUCUACAAGCUCAUGCUUGGCCAAAAGCUUGAUCUGUAUGAUAUUCAGUCUUUCGAUGCUGAGCUUGGAAAGUCAUUGCAAGAGUUGCAAGCUCUUGUUAUUCGCAAACAAUAUCUGGAAUCAAUGGGGAAUGAUUUUCAAGGAAAAAUUACUGAUUUAUGUUUUCAUGGGACCCCUAUUGAAGAUCUUUGCUUAGAUUUCACUGUUCCUGGCCAUCCAGAAUAUGUUCUGAAGUCUGGAGAUGAGACAGUUGACCUAGGCAAUCUGGAGGAGUACGUUUCUCUGGUGGUUGAUGCUACAAUAAACACUGGAAUCAUGCGGCAAAUCGAAGCUUUUAGAUCUGGUUUCAAUCAGGUUUUUGAAAUUUCAACCCUACAAAUAUUUUCUCCAACUGAGUUGGACUAUUUGCUUUGUGGACGUAGAGAGUUGUGGGAGGCUGACACUUUGGUGGAUCACAUCAAGUUUGAUCAUGGUUACAAUGCCAGGAGUCCUGCAAUCAUAAAUUUGCUAGAGAUCAUGGGAGACUUCACUCCUGAACAACAAAGAUCCUUUCUACAAUUUGUUACUGGUGCUCCUCGGCUUCCUUCCGGAGGUCUGGCUGUGCUGAAUCCUAAGUUGACAAUCGUGAGGAAGCACUCAUCGUCUGGUAAUGCAACACUCAACAGUAAUGGGGCGCCCGAAUCGGCAGACGAUGACCUUCCAAGUGUUAUGACUUGUGCUAAUUACUUGAAACUUCCUUCAUACUCAACCAAGGAAAUCAUGUACAAGAAACUACUGUAUGCCAUCAAUGAGGGUCAAGGAUCCUUUGAUCUGUCAUAAAGGGCUGGGACUGGUCUAGAUCUAGUCAAUAUUCGAAACAACUGAGCCUAGUGCAUUUACUGCUCAAUAAAUUGGCGGAGCAGAGAAGCUUGGAGGGUAGAUAUGUUUUGUGGCUAGAGAGGUGCUUUUGGUGUAGCAAGGGCUUUGUACAUAUGUAGAAUGACAUUAUUUAUAAUAUUUUGAGAUAGUAGAAGAAUUAGAUGUAUGAAGAUGAAAAUGUCAUUUUAUUUUUGCUUUUGCUCUUUUCAUUUGCGGGCAAAUAAAGGAAAUGCUGGUCAAAGUUGCGUUUAUUGCGUGAACUGUUGAUAAUAGAUAAUGCUUGAAUUAGUUUGCGUGAGAAGUAACAACUGCUAUCGAAAAGAAGUAUGUUAAGAUAAUUUUAGCACUC